ACAGUUCGCCGAGAACCACGACAGUGAGCAGACGUGUGUGCGGAAAACUACUAACUACACCAUAUACAAAAAAUUAAAUUUACAUUAGAUAAACAGCAGAAAAAAAGACUGAAUACAUAAAUAAGCAUAGUUGAAUUUAAAAUACAAAAGGAAAGUGAAAAAGAAAAACAUAAAGAACAAACGAAAUGCGCCACGAGGGCGAGGAGCAAAAUGGCUCCUCAGCCCAAAAGAACAUAAGAAGUCGAAGCAAUAGCCGAACAAGAGAGCGGGAUCAAAAAAAGAAAAGCGACAAAAACGCAAACAAAGAAAUCACAGGCAAAGCAACAAAUUCAGAAACGAGGACAAACAAAAUGGCGCGCGAAAAUGCUAAAUAUAACGACAACCACAAAUGCCCGUUUAUAGUCUAUCUAGACAAAAAAACAAGAGAGAAGGCGAGAGAACACCAUUUAAUGCAAUACGAAUCAGCAAACUUAUUCAGGAAAAUAAAGUUAAAGAUGUUAUCGACAUUGCGAAAAUUGGAUAUGGCAGAUGCAAAAUUACCUUUAAAAACGGCAAGGCAGCAAACAACUUCAGUGAACUUAACAACGACCAAUAUGAGGCGAGAAUCUUUGCGCACUUCGUGUCGAAAGUAGGAAUAAUGUUUGAUGCUCCGACGGAUAUCUCAGAAGAAGAGCUCUUAGAAGAUAUAUCAUCGCCAGUCAAAAUUAUUCGAAUAAUGAGGGUAAUGAAGACAAAAGAUGGGGUAAAAUACCCAACACGCAGAGUUAAAAUAAUCUUCGAUGGGUUAGAAAUCCCUACGGAAGUAGGAUUUCUGUAUACAAAAAUUCAAGUGAAGCCAUACGUAGCAUUCGCACAAUGCUAUCGGUGCUUCCGUUUCAAUCACUUUGCUCAGCACUGCAAACAACGAAAAUCUAUUUGCCCGAAGUGUGGAGAAGCACAUGAAAACAGCACUAAUUGUACAAGCGUGAAGUGUGUAAACUGCAAAGGAAGCCAUGAAGCCACCGACAAAGAAUGCCCUGCAAGAAGUAAAGCCUAUGCCAUAAAAAGCAUAACAACGUUAGAAAAUCUAUCAAACCAGGAAGCAAGAAUAAAAUACAAGAACAUCCUAGGAAACAGAUUUGAAAUACUGAGCGAUAACACCACCCUGGACGCAGAAUUCCCACAAAUACAAGAAAAAAAAACUGCAAUGUAUAACAACAGAACAGAAGCAGUGAAACAUUUGCAUCAGCAAUUUUCAUACGCUAAAAUAGCGAAAAUAAACAACAACAGAGUAAGGGAAGAACAAAAUGCACUACAAACAAUGAACGAGUGGAGAAAAGCAACAGAGGAAAAGCCAUCUUCCUCAAAUGCUAAAAUGCUGGCCUACCCAACCAGCUUGGACAGAUUUACACAAAAACAGGACGAUUGCACAACGAAAAUAAACCAAGCCAUUAACAAUUGCCUAACGCAAAGUACAACAGAAACUAAUAACAAUAAAGCCUUAUAGAAAGCAUUAGUAACCAUUCAAAACACAAUAAAACAAAUGACAGUCAAUACGGACUUAUGGAAAAUUCACAAAAACACACCGUAACAUGACAGCAACAACAAAAAUUUUACCUGGCUUAAUAGCAUCAAAGAAACAAGUCUCAAAAGCUACAAUUAUACCUACACAAAUAGACAAGAUGGAUACGGCGGAGUGGGAAUUUACAUUAAAAAAUCUAUCAAAUUCUCAAUUUUUAAACUAGGGUCAAAUAUUGAGAACACAGGAAUCACAACACUUAAUUUAAAAAACAAUAUCAACAUCAUCAGCGCAUACUGCCCAACUAACACAGCAACAACAGAGUUCAAAAACGAAAUAUAUAAACUAUUUACCGAAAUCAGACAAUUAAAUAACACCACAAUGAUAGGGGGAGACUUAAACGCAAAAUCAUCAACAUGGGGCGCCCAAACAACAAACAGCAAAGGCAGUAUCGUAGAAAACAUAGCGACAGAUAACGAGUUUUAUUGCCUAAACGACGGUACCCCAACAUUUACCCUGAACAACAUUUCAUCAGCGGUAGACGCAACGUCUAUAAACAACUGUAUACGAUACACCUGGAAAACCUACAACAAAAUAACCAACAGUAACCACAAACCAAUCAUCAUCACCUUAACGGACCGAUUCACAUUCCAACAUAAGCCUAAGAAAAUAAUAACAGCAAACAUACUAAAGGAUAUUACCAUCCUAAAAAUUGGACCUAAUUUUGAAGAAGUCAAUAGGGAGAUCCAAAGGAUAACAAAAAAACACACCAUAAACAAGGACAAUAACAAAUACGUCCCAAAACAGUGGUGGACAGAGGAAUCCCAAAAGCUAUUCCGACUAAGAAACGCCGCGAGAAAUAAAUACAACCAAUACAAAACGAUAGAAAACAAUAACAUACUAUACACAGCAGAAAGAAAUCUAAGAAUACACAUCAAGGAACAAAAGAAAAAGAACUUCAAUAAAACAUUAGAAGAAUUGUCUGAAACCAAAAAUAUAAAAGAAAUGUGGUCUAAGAUCAACAAUAUAAAAAAAUAUCAAUGCGAGAAAAGUAUAAGAAACUCAUGGAACCCAACAGAGCAACAAAAAUACUUAGAAUUCAUAGCCAGAUCACCGAUUACGUCAAACAUCAAUAACCAAGAAAUCAAUAGUCCGGAAACACCACUGGAAGAAAUGUCACUCGAAAACUUCAAAAAAUUACAUACAAAAUGCUAGCUCUACUUCAGACUGAGGAACAAGAAAAAUUAUGGAAACUGUUAAUAAGAGUCUGGCAAGAAGGAAUAAUCCCCGAAAAAUGGAGGGAAAUCAAAAUAAUACCCAUACAUAAAAAGGACACUGACCCAACCAACAUUUACAACUAUCGCCCAAUAUGCUUAAUCUCAGUGCUAGCGAAGUCCACAGAGGGAAUCCUCAAACUGCAUAUAGAUAAUAAGACUACUCAGCUCAACAGUAUUCCGGAAAGAUCAUACGGUUUCAGAAAACACCACUCAACAGCGCAAUGUAUAAAUGACCUAAUAAACACAAUAGCAUUCCAUAAGGAAAAAAAAAAUAACAGGUAAUGGCGGCUUGUGUGGAUGUGGAAAAGGCAUAUGAUGCAGUCGACGUCAAUACCCUACAAGAGACACUUAUAGAAACUCAGUUAAAUCCAAAAGCGACAAAUUUGAUAACAUCAUUCCUGAGAAGAAGAAUAUUAGUACUCGAACAGCAAAAGAUCAUUACAGAAAAUGGGCUAGCCCAAGGCAGCGGACUCAGCCCCACAUUAUUCAAUCUUUAUACGGCAAAGCUUCACCAAAUAAACGACGACAACUGUAUUCUCUUCCAAUUCGCAGAUGAUUUCUUUAUAGUCUGUUUUCACAGAAAAUAUCUAUUUGCUGCAAAGCAAACAUAAGAAGAUGUCUAGGCUUAAUAAUAUCAUCGCCAACCCACGUCAUAUACCACAUGGCAGCCGAACUGCCACCGAAAUACAGAUUUGAAUUAGCCUCGGCAAAGGAAAUGAUUAAAAGCAUAGCGUAUAAUCUACCCGCCAAAAGAAUGAUAAUUAAUAACCAACUCAACAAUAAGACAAACUACGCCCGAAUAAACAAGAAAUACAGACUAAUUCUAUUUAACAUUGCACCAAUUAAAAACACAACCAACCAUACCAAUAAAAUAAAAAUAGACAUAAAAUUUUUCAAGACCACGUACAAGUCCAAGAGAGAAGCAAACCAAUCAGUUAUCAACGCAACAUACAGGGAAAAAAUACAACAACUAGAAAUAAACCAAUUCGAAAUAAUAUUCACGGAUGGAUCAGUUAAAAGUAACUUAUCCGGCGCGGCAUUCUUACACGAAAAAACAAACACAACCAAAUCCUUCUAUUGUACCAAAAACCUAUCAUCAAUGACAACAGAGCUAUUAGCAAUAGAGAAAGCCGUAGAAUUCGCCAUUCAAAAAGGAUUUGUGAAAGUUGCAAACUUAACAGACAGCUUAAGCGGAAUAUUAAGGACAACGAUAGCGAAAACUACAUAAGAAACAACAUUGUAGAUUUAACCAACAACUCAUCAAUACAAGCACUAGAAAUCCACCACAUCCCAGCCCAUACCAAUAUUGCCCUCAAUAACAAAGUGGACGAAGCCGCGAAAAAGGCGGGACAAGACGGACAACGAUUAAGCAUAAAGUGGACAAACAAAGAUGCAAAGAAAGAAAUCGAAAAUAGAAUUAAAGAAGAAUGGAAUCAGGAAUAUAAGGAGAAAAUAACAACAAAAGGCAGAAGCUAUGGCGUGAUAUACCCAGAUUUAAUAAAGCAUACAUGGUUCCAUAAGAAAAACAUUAACAUGAAUACUAGCCAAAUAAAACAAUUCAACCGAAUCCUGACGAACCACACCUUUUGUAAAGCCACGCUCCACAAAAUGAAAAUUUACAAUGAGGACAAAUGCGAAACAUGCAACACACAAGAAAACACAAACCACAUAAUAUUUCAGUGUAGUAAAUACACAAAUACCCGAAAUAAGUACCCAUCCCUGAAAAAUACAACAUCGAUAAUCGACUUCUGUCAAAAAACAAACAUCGGAAACUAUCAAACCAUCUCCAAUUUCCUAAAAGAGAUUGACAUGAACUUAUAAAUUUAUAGUAAAAUAAGAGAAUUGGUGUUGGCGAUAUAGCUAUAUAGCUGGCCAAAUAAAUCUUCACACGGCCAAGCUGUGAUGAAGUAACAUUAAAACCAAAAAAAAAAACCACAGCAGCCGGUACAUGCGUAUACGACAUUCAUCCUACUAUAUUAAUAUUGUUGAUGCACAUGCGUGAAGCGUUGAGAAUAUCACCACCCCAGCCACUACAACUACAACUAUGUGAGCACCGGGCUACGAAUGCACAUCACCAUAAAUAUGCACAAAAACUAUAAAAAGAAACGACGCUGCAGCAGCAUUAGCCUUUGGCCACUUUAACGGAGAAAAGGAAGUUAAUGAACCUUAUGGGUCAAAUGAUAAGCACAACUUAGGACAUUUGCCAUGGAAUCCAGGAUAUAUUUUCGUUGAUGAGGCGCUCAAGCUUUGUGAUGCCUUGGAGAUUACUGGCUCCCCACAACGUCUCAUAAUGCCGAUUAUGCGUACAAUGGAUGCUAAACAGGUGUACGAUGUAUUCCCAGUCAUUGUACCGAAUGCCGGACGUGGUAAUCCUGAAAACAGCUCAGAACUCUUGACUAAAUUUUUGGAUAAAUAUAGCCAGACCUAACAAAAUAGAUUUACUAUACUUGGCAGACUGCGAAUGCGAUUUGAGCUAAACUUAUUUAACUGUGUGAGUUGGGUAAGAUUUAACAUUUAACAACCACAUACAUAUGUGAAGCAUGGAAGAUCGUAAGUGCAUAUGAAUUACAAUUAUUCGACUUGUGUAUUACAAUUACAUCGUAAUGAAAAUAUUUAAAUGUUUAACAUACAUAUAUACAAUGUGGCGUGUUUAACUAACUACGUGAUUAAUAGUAGCAUAGGUUGUCGAAUGCAUAAUUAUGAAGAGAUAGUAAUGGAUAUUAUCUUUAUUUUAAUUUUUUUUUUUUGUAUUAUUAUUUUUAAGAAUAUAUCAUUAAGCGGUUUGACUGUUUAUUUACUUUGUUGAAUUGAUUAAAGCAUUCAAGCCGUAUACUUGUCUCAAUUGCUUUACACGAUUUUCCAUAAUAUAUAAUUAAUAAUAGUUAAAUUAGUACCGUUUUAAACGCACUUCAAGCUAAUUAAGUAUGAAAUAAAAACCAAACAAAAAACAAUAUAAAUGAGAAUUUGAAGCCUAAUGUUACUGGAAAAUUAAUACAAUCAAAUCAUAAUUAAUAUCGAAAAAAAUCAUAAACGAAACGUCUACCCAUAUGGAUGUUAUACUGAAAUGCCUUAAAAAUAAAAUCUCGUACGAUUCGAAAUGCAAACUAUCACUUAGGAUUAAUGGAAUUAUUUACCAAGUCUUUACCAUUGGCACAAGUUAGUGUUAUAAACACAUAGAAAACAAAAAAUAAAUAAAUAAUUGAACUGCCAGUCAA